UCACUUUCAAAGAUUUGCGAAAUGUUAUUUCCCCGGAUCAUUUUUUUCCUGGUGCUGCUGGCAUUUGCCAGGAGUGAUCCUGUGGAAAGGAACUCAGCAGCCAUAUGCGAGUUUUUCCAAACCGUUCGAGCGAUUCAAGAAGACUGGUGGGAUGAAACAGUAAUACUGAUGAAGGCAAUGUUGCAGGAAAUGAUCACUGCCUUAGAACUCUAUCCCGAAUUCGAAGAGUACAAGAAAACCAUGCAGGACUAUCUUGAGCAUGGAGAGACCAUAGUUUCGUCAAGCAGGUUGGAAGAUAAAAUCAAAUUUGUUUAUGGAUUCAAUGAAGACGGUAGCCAGCCAGUUCUAGUCGGAUCUCCUGCUAAGAAGCUGGCGCUCAGCAGACCUUUUAUCAAUUUUCAAUCGAAAAUGAUUUUCAAAGUGCUCGCAGAUUUCCAUAAAAAGCUGCUUAAGGCUACAGACGACUUGGAGCGAGUUGUGCGAUUCCCGGAUAGCUCUACUAGCGGGGAACUUUUUAGACUUCUCGAGAAAUAUCGGACGACUGGUAUUGGAAAUCCAUCUGACGACAUAGCUUCACGUAUCCUGGCAUUGAAGGAUAAAUACCAAUGUGCUUAGACAAGAAAUCAAGACCAUAUCUUUAGUACUAAAUACUUUUAGUUUCAUAAAUCGAUUGCUUGUCAACUAAUUUUCAAUUUCUAUAUACAUCUGUUAGAAGACAA